AGAAUUAUACAUAAUUUUUUACCGAAAUGUCACUGGGUUCCCUGGCCCUAAAUCUCAUGGGUGUAAAAGAAGACGAUGGACACCAUGAAGGUUUUCAAAUAUUUCACGUUGAAUGGUCUAGGGUUGAGCUGCCCUAUGUUUUCUUUUCGUGGAUUCUCAUCACAACAUUUGCUAAAUUAGGGUAUAACUACCUUCCUCUGGCCAAGAAGCUGCCUGAAUCUAGUAUUAUGAUUCUCUUUGGACUCUUGAUAGGGGUCUUCCUCUUUCUAGUAAACAUAUCGGCAGUAGUUCUUACACCAGAUAUAUUCUUCCUUAUUCUUCUCCCACCGAUAAUUAUGGAGGCUGGGUAUUUUAUGCCAAACCGGUUGUUUUUUGAUCAAUUGGGGACAAUUCUUCUGAUGGCAGUUGUUGGAACAAUCUUCAACAUGUUCACAAUAGGAUUUUCCUUGUAUGGUUUGGGUAAAGCUGGGUUCUACGGAGAUGAUUUGAAGAAUAUAGAAUAUCUUGAAGUUUUAUUAUUUGGUUCUUUGAUAGCAGCAGUUGAUCCUGUAGCUGUUCUUGCUGUUUUUCAGGAGAUUAAGGUAAACAUGGUUCUCAGAAUUAUCGUAUUUGGUGAAUCUCUCCUCAAUGAUGGAGUAGCAGUUGUUCUUUAUCAUAUGUUCGAAUCUUUUGAAGAGAUGGGAGAAUCAGCUAUAACUCCCACAGAUAUUGUUUAUGGUCUUAUCAGUUUUAUUGUUGUAGCUGGUGGAGGUACUGUAAUAGGAAUAAUCUGGGGGUAUGUUUGUGCGCUAGUAACCAGGCUGAUGAAACCGGUUUACCUUAUGGAAGCCUUAAUCGUAAUAAGCAUGGCGUACAUGUCCUAUCUAACAGCUGAAGUAUUUCAUAUGUCCGGUAUUCUAGCAAUCACCUUCUGCGGGAUCACCAUGAAGAACUAUGUAGAGAAGAAUAUAAGUGAGAGCUCAAGUAUAACUGUACGAAUGGGAAUGCAUCUGCUGGCAAAUGUAUCUGAGAUGACCAUAUUCCUUUUCCUGGGUAUAGUUACCAUCAUGAAUGAAACUCAUCAAUGGAAUUCCUACUUUGUUCUUGCAACUAUUGUCUGCUGCUGUUUAUGGAGGGUUGUGGGGGUCUUUAUUCUAUCAAAACUGGCAAACAUGAUUAGGAUUCAGAAGAUAAAUGCCAUAGAACAAGUGAUAUGCAUGUAUGGAGGACUGAGAGGCGGCGUGGCCUUUGCUCUAGUUCUAUCCUUGCAUUCACCAAACAAAAACCUGUUUGUAACAACAACAUUGGCAAUGAUUUUCUUUACAGUCUUUUUCCAGGGAAUUACUAUUAAACCCCUGGUUAGACUUCUCAGAGUUAAGACAAGGUCAGCUACUAAUGUCAGUAUGGGUGAAAGAGUAACUAGCAGAUUAAUGGAUUUAACUAAGCUUGGUAUCGGAGAGAUUAUCGGUAAUACGAGUGAAGUUCCACUGAUAGUUAGACAUAUGUAUAAGAGAGUGGAUAAAAAGUUUCUUUCUCCUCUUUUGCUCCGGGAGAAAGUUCAAGAGCCAAAAUUUUUUCAAACUUUUGAAUAUUUACUCAAAGAAGAUGCGUUACGCGGUAUUCAGAAAACUUCAGAUGAACACCAUUAAGCUACUGUGAUCACUGGACAUUUUUUAAAAUCUAUUUUAUUCAGAAUUGUUGAUUUAUUUUGAAAAAUAUAUUUGAAUCUUGUUUAAUA